AUGGCGCCUCGCUUGAUCGAGAAAGUGAGAUUCAGGGCUAGAAGACUGCUACAAGCCCCUCAAGAAUCCGCCUCGGCUUCGUCACCAACACCUUCGCCGACACCAUCUCGGUCUCCGUCCCAACCAACCACCCGACCGACAUCUCAGCCAACGUCUUCUUCUCUACCUACCUCGACGGAUUCCAAAACCUCGUCGCUGCCGAGCCUACAAGAGCGACUUUGGAAUGAGGCCUACGAUGCGCUCAAAGCGAACGAGCUCAAACUGGUCGGGGAGUACGAGAAGAUCCUAUCAGCCAAGCUGCACGAGAACGAUCCGAGCUCUGUUCCUCGCGAAUCAACAGACAAUGAGAUAGGAGAGACUCCGGGGACACGAUGCGGCCAAAUGCAACAGUUAGUGCAGGCUGGACUAGAUCGGACGCAGAAGCAAGCGUCCAUCAAGCGAGGCAUCGAUGAAGGCUUGCAAGCAAUACAAGCGGUGAGGGGAAUAAUGGACAACGCGGUAAAGGUCGCACCAGAAGCCGCCGUCGCCUGGGUCGGCGUCUGCCUUGGGCUAGAGAUCCUUUCGAACCCCAUCACCGAGGCUCGCGAAAACCGCAAAGGCAUCGCCUACGUCCUGUCAAGAAUGGAGUGGUACUGGAACUUAGUGUCCCUACUUCUCGACGAGAACAAGGCCGAGCAAUCUUCCGCGGGACUGCGAAUCCAACUGGAGAAGCACGUCGUUGGCGUCAUUGUAACGGAUCUGUUCAAGAACGAUGACUGGGCUGGCCAGCUCAACGAGAUCAAGGAAGCAGAGGCUGCCAUGCAAAGAGACAUGGAACAAUACAACACCGAAGAGAGCAAGACGCGACUCUGGAAACUCACCGAAACCGCUAGCGCUAUAGAGAUGAAGCUCCAAGACAUUCAUUCGGCCAUCAAAGGCGUACAUUCAGCCAUUGAAGCGCAAACGCAACACCAAGAGAAGAGACACCAAGACGAGGAGUCAAAGCAGUGUCUGAAAGACCUGCGCGAGACUGACCCUCGCGACGACAAGACGCGCAUCGAAGCUACAAAGGGCGGCCUGCUCAGGGACUCAUACCGCUGGAUCCUCGACCAUGACGACUUCCGGCGGUGGCGUGACGAUCCCCACAGCCAGCUGCUCUGGAUCAAAGGCGACCCUGGCAAAGGCAAGACGAUGUUGCUGUGCGGCAUCAUCGACGAGCUGGGGAAGGACCCCGACAGGCACCUGUCCUAUUUCUUCUGCCAGGCCACCGAGGCACGACUCAGUAAUGCGACGGCCGUGCUGCGCGGUCUGAUCUAUCUGCUCGUUGUCCAGCAGCCGUCGCUCAUCUCACAUGUUCGAGAGAAGCACGAUCAUGCGGGUAAGCAGCUUUUCGAGGACGGGAAUGCCUGGGAAGCCUUAUCCAAGAUUCUUGCAGCCAUGCUCAAUGACCCGAUUUUGGACGGUGCUAUCCUGGUUGUCGAUGCCCUCGACGAAUGCAAAACAAAUCGACAUCAGCUGCUCGACUUAAUCGCUAAGUCCUCUCGCGACAUUGAAGAGAAACUCGGCCGUACAAAGCAGAAGGUCAGGCUUCAGCUCGAGCUGAACCAAGACUCCAUCUCCAAGGCUGUCGAUACAUACAUUGGAUACAAGGUGGAUCAAUUGGCACGCGAGAAGAGAUACGACAAGGAAACAAGCCAGGCUGUCGAAAAUCACUUAGUCUCUAAUGCUGAUGGCACCUUUCUCUGGGUCGCCUUGGUCUGUCAAGAGCUUGCAGAUCCCAAGGUGGUCCGAAAACGGCAUACACUCUCCAAGUUGAAGCUAUUCCCAUCAGGACUUGAUCCACUCUACAAUCGAAUGAUGGAACAAAUCUCUGGUUCGAGUGAUGCAGAAAGUUGCAAGGAGAUACUGGCUAUCGCUUCAGUCGUAUACCGACCUAUCACAUUGGAGGAAUUAAAGGUUUUUAUUGAGUCGCUCGAGGAGGACGACUACGAUGACCUGCCACAAAUCAUUGAUUCCUGCGGUUCUUUCCUGACUCUUCGAGAAGGUGUCAUCUACUUUGUGCAUCAAUCAGCCAAAGACUUCCUGCACUAUGCCAUCUUCUCCAAGUCGCUGGAGGCUCUCUCGGAGACUCUCGAGCGUGACGUUUACGCACUGGGCGUCCCGGGAUUUCCCACCGAUCAGGUCUCGCCGCCCGACCCUGACCCAUUGGCUUCGAUAGGAUAUUCCUGCGUCUUCUGGGUAGACCAUCUCGACGCCUCGGAACCCCAGGUGAAAAUGAGUGACAAGGACCUACAGGACGCGGGGAUCGUCCAUGAGUUCCUUCGAAGGAAAUAUCUAUAUUGGUUAGAAUCUCUCGGUCUAUUACGUAGCUUGCCGGAGGGGGUUAUGGCAGUGCAGAAGCUCGAAGCUUUAGUAAAAACCAAGGAAGCGCGACAACUAACAGAAUUCCUUCGAGACGCGCGCCGCUUUGUUCUUUCUCACAAGCGGGCGAUCGAGAUUGCUCCAUUACAGGCCUACGCAUCAGCACUCGUGUUCAGUCCCACCCACAGCCUAAUCAGAGAGCUCUUCGAAAAAGAAGAGCCAAACUGGAUCACGUUAAAGCCGAGCAUGGAAUCAGACUGGAAUGCAUGCUUGCAGACGCUCGAGGGCCAUGGCCGUGGGGUGAGCUCGGUGGUGUUCUCGGCGGAUGGCCAGCGUCUCGCGUCGGCCUCGUACGACAAGACGGUCAAGAUCUGGGACGCGGCCACGGGCGCGUGUGUGCAGACGCUCGAGGGCCAUAAUAGUUCGGUGAGCUCGGUGGUGUUCUCGGCGGAUGGCCAGCGUCUCGCGUCGGCCUCGGGCGACAGCACGGUCAAGAUCUGGGACGCGGCCACGGGCGCGUGCGUGCAGACGCUCGAGGGCCAUGGCGAUUCGGUGAGGUCGGUGGUGUUCUCGGCGGAUGGCCAGCGUCUCGCGUCGGCCUCGGGCGACAGCACGGUCAAGAUCUGGGACGCGGCCACGGGCGCGUGCGUGCAGACGCUCGAGGGCCAUAAUAGUUUGGUGAGCUCGGUGGUGUUCUCGGCGGAUGGCCAGCGUCUCGCGUCGGCCUCGUACGACAAGACGGUCAAGAUCUGGGACGCGGCCACGGGCGCGUGCGUGCAGACGCUCGAGGGCCAUGGCGAUUGGGUGAGCUCGGUGGUGUUCUCGGCAGAUAGCCAGCGUCUCGCGUCGGGCUCGAUCGACAGCACGGUCAAGAUCUGGGACGCGGCCACGGGCGCGUGCGUGCAGACGCUCGAGGGCCAUGGCGAUUGGGUGAGCUCGGUGGUGUUCUCGGCAGAUGGCCAGCGUCUCGCGUCGGCCUCGGACGACAGCACGGUCAAGAUCUGGGACGCGGCCACGGGCGCGUGCGUGCAAACACUCGACGUUGGGAGAAUGUUAUGUCGCCUUUCAUUCGAUCCAACGACAAACUCUCUCCUCUCCACGGACAUUGGACUUCUAAACCUGGAUCACCCGGCUCUACAGCCUGCCAUUGAUGAUCAGUCGACUGCAAUAACCUUACGGGGUGUUCGCCAUUCUGGCUGGGGUAUAAGCACCGACGGUGUAUGGAUUGUUAAAGAUGGAAAGGAGAUGCUUUGGCUACCUCCGGACUAUCGAGAGGGGCAAUCCGCUGUUGUCGGAUCAACGGUCGCUAUCGGCUGUCUUUCAGGUCGUGUGCUGGUGAUGAAGUUCUCUUAG